AUGGGUAAAAAGAGUAACGUCCUAAGGUGCUGUUUGGCAUGCAUUCUUCCAUGCGGAGCCCUCGAUUUGAUCCGAAUAGUCCACUCCAACGGCUACGUCGAAGAAUUAACGGGUCGGGUCACCGCAGGCGACGUCCUCACGCACUACCCGGAUCACGUCCUCUCGAAACCCUCGACCGCCGGCUCUCUCAUAAUCUCGCCCGAAUCCGAACUCAAACGGGGCUCCAUUUACUUCUUGGUGCCUUCUUCUUCUAAGCAAACGUACAACUCUUCCACGAAGAAUCGGGUCGUUAAGAAGGCCGCCGAGGAGGAGAAGAAGCGCCGCCGCCGCCACAAGGUUACGGCGGGAGAGUGGCAGCCGCAUUUGGACAGCAUUCAUGAGGAAUUUUGA